UGACAUCGUGGGCUUCACCUUGCUCUCCAGCAGCAGCACGCCGUACCAGGUGGUGGAUUUCCUCAACAAGCUUUACACCACGUUUGACGACAUCAUCGACAACUACGACGUCUACAAGGUGGAAACCAUCGGAGACGCCUACAUGGUGGUGUCCGGCGUGCCCCGGGAGAACGGGAUCCUCCACGCCUCAGAGAUCGCCAGCAUGGCUCUGGACCUGGUUGGCGUCUGCCGCACCUUCAGGAUCCCCCACAAACCCAACAUGCAGCUGCAGAUACGAGCCGGGAUACACUCAGGUCCGUGUGUGGCGGGUGUCGUGGGGACAAAGAUGCCUCGUUAUUGUCUGUUUGGAGACACGGUCAACACGGCGUCCAGGAUGGAGUCCACCAGCCUGGCCCUGAAGAUCCAGUGCAGCUCCAGCGCCCUCUACCUGCUGGAGGAGAUUGGCGGCUACGUGCUCGAGUGCAGAGGGACGCUGCAGGUCAAGGGGAAAGGGGACAUGGUGACUCACUGGUUGGAGGGGAAGAAGACAUCUCUGGUCUCCAAGGACGCCGGCCCCGACGUCAAGACAACCAAACUGGUCACCACGGAGACGGAGGCGGAGAGAGAGCGGAGCUGCACUCGUCCGUACCCCGGGUUUCUGGGCGACGACGCCCUCCUGGACCCAGACUGA